ACCGUAACUCCGUGGUAGAGCAUCUAUUUUGCAGGCAAAAGAUCCCAUGUUCAAUCCCCAGAACUUCCAGAUAGGUCUGUGUCAGAGACUCUUGCCUGAAACCCUGGAGAGCCACUGCCAGUCAGUGUAGACAAUGCUGAAAGUGAUUGCCUGAUUAUCUUACUCAGUAUGUGGCAGCAUCUUAUUUUCACACACACACACACACACCACUCAUAAAAUAUCAAAGUGGUGUAAAACAGUUUCUACAAAUGCAAUAAAACAUAAGAUACAUAAAACUAUACAAAAUGAUUAUAAAAAUGAUUGGCUCAUGUUGGGGAGGGGAAAAAAGCGGAAUAGGCCUGUCAGCAUAAAAGAAAAAAGUCUUCUAGGGAUGUCAGUAGCAAGGAUGCCUUCUGAAUCUCUGCUGUAAAAGUGUUCCACAGCAUGGGGCUGGUGACACAAAGUGUCCCACUUCUAGUUGAAGCCAGUCAGGCUUGGGGAACAACCAAUGAUGCUUCUCCAGAUGAUCUCCAUGAUCAGACUGGGAUGUAAGGAGUAGUAAUACAAAAACCUUAAUGUGGCCUGGUAGCAUGUGGGUAGCCAAUACAGAUAUUUUAGCAGAGCUGUCCUGUUCUGACAACCACCUGCCUCAUCAGCAGUCUAUUCUGGUCCAGUUCUUGCACAUCCACCCCGAUUAGAUCUUAUGGGGAAGCAAAGCUGUAUGUCAAGUGUGUACUGAUGACACUGUGCUCUGGAACUCCUCAUGAUUGCUCCCAGUGGCUUCAUGCAGAUGUUAAAUAGCAAUGGGGACAAAAUAGUGCCCUGUAUUUCCAUGCACUCUGGCACUUGUCACGGUCCUCCGUGCACCAGUAGCUGUUGAGUCAUGCUGGCCACAUGAGCCAGAAAGUUGUAGGUGGACAAACACUGGCUCCCUCGGCCUGAAGUGAGAUGAGCGCCACACCCCAUAGUUGCCUCUGACUGGACUUAACCAUCCAGGGGUCCUUUACUCAGCCAUGCAGGUAAGAGUUAUGCCACCAUAAUAUGGUGCAUCCAAUACCUAUCCCACACAUUUGAUCUAGGCGUAUAUAGUCAGUAGCAUCAAAAGCCAUUGAGAUGGUCCCUCUCUUAAUAAAGGUCAUAUCUCAGGGUAACCAAGGCUGAUUCAGUCCCCAAACCAGGCCUGAACUGAGACUGAAGUGGGUCUUAUGUUCUGUGUCAAACUGGUGUUAUUGGAUAUAGCUGUACUAAUCUGAAAAAGCAUGGGCUUUUCACUGCUGACAUCCAGGAUGAAAAAAAAUGGUUUAGGCUCUAAUUUGAUCCUCAGCUAGCAAAGACAUUCUGGUAAUGAUCAGCUAAAAUAUGUUCCGGGCUUCACAGACCCUUUGAUUAAUGGGCAUGCUGUCAAAAAUAACCCCCAUUUUCUACCUUAAUGCUGAAAAGUGAAGCAAGUAAAAGGGAUGAAACCCUGCCAUGAAAUGUUUUUAAAACAGAAUUUUCCACGCAAAACAUGUACUACUUUUUUUUUAGAGCAUGCCUUGAGCAAAGAAUGGCCUAGUUUUGCUUUUGUGUUUUUUUAAAUCCUUCUGAUUUUCCUGCUGCAGCUCUGUACAACAAAUGAUGCUGUCAUGUACCAGGGCAAUUUUGGGCAACUGUAACUGCGUUUUAAAAAAUGAGAAGAUUGUUUUGUUUUCUUUGUAGAAAUAUGCUUGAUCCCAGUUAAAUCUUUUAGCCAAUCAAUACAGAGUUUAAUCAUUUUAGUCUUGUCACAAGUUACUUCAUUUUUAAUUAACAGGGGCCAGUGUGAUAUGGACUAAGACUGGGGAGACCCAUGUCCAACUCCUCACUCAUCCACAAAUCUCCCUGGGUAACCCUGGGGAAGUCACUGUCUUAGUCUAACCCACCUCACAUGGUUGUUUUGAGAAUAAAAAUGGGAGUGGGGGAGAGAACCAUGUGUGUAGUGUUGAGCUCAUUGGACAGAAGGUGAGAGAAAUGAAAAAUCCAAUAUAUUUUGGGUAGAGGUAGCCUGUACAGGUCAGCCAGCCAGAAGAAUUACAUGGGUCCAUGGGAGUGACGGCAUAUCAGGGGACAGAAUUGCCUGGACUACAGGACACAGUUUUCCUAUUCCUGGCUUUCAUCAAUUAAUUUUGUUUUCUAAGGUCCAAUACAAUUGCCAUGGAGUAUUUCUUCUUGCUGACUGACCUGCAUAGGCUACCUCUACUCAAAAUACAUUGCAAUGGUUGUUGGAAAGACAGCCUUUGCAGGCUUGAAAUUCUGGCUUAAAAGGCAAGGAUAUCUGGGGAAUCCUUUUAUAUCUACAGGAUGAGAUGCAACAUAGCACAAGCAGGAGUUCACUCAUGCAGUGGGGUUACUCCUCCCUCCCCUCCUCUCUACAGAAGCCUGCACCCCAAAGAUCUUUUGCAGAGAGAUGAGGGACAAUUUGGAGCACAUUUGGGGGAGUGCAGAGGGGGACUGGAGGAAAGAAUAAGAUAAACUGAAAAUCCUGUAACGCAUGUGGAUUUCCAUUGCACAAACAGGUGGAGUUAACUAGAUGUCACCCUCUGUCCCUAAAUGUAAAGAAAGCCUCUAAGAAUGGACUGUGGGUGCACAUGCAAAUUAAUGACAUGAUGACUGCAACCAAUGUGAAUGAGCCAUCAUGGAUAUCAAACCUUAGCUAGAACUUUCACCUCAAGUUUAACUCUUUCCCAUGGAGUCAGUUCACACAUUCAGCUGCCAGGAAUCACAGGUAGGGAGCCAGCCCUAUGCUGCUAUUGUAUUUUGUUGCAAAUGAAAAGACGUUUGGUUGGCAUUCUAGUAAUUCCACUUAGCGCUAUGAGGUAAUGCAACUUAGAAAUGGUACAGUUAUAAACAGAUGAUGGGCUUCAUUCAGAUUUUCUAUCUCUUAAAGCGUUUAAUUCUGUCUCAGCCUAAUGCUAAGCAACAUCUUGUCUGCUUGCUUGGAAAUUUAGUGAUGGCUCUUAUUUCCCCUGACAAGUCAGAGAGCUAGCUUGAUGGCUAUUGGCUGGCUUUUCUGUUUGCUGGUAGGAUUUGUACUGCAGCCUUACCUCCUGAAUUAAUGGCAGACUGUUCUAUUAUGAUGCCCUGAAUAACCAUGGUGCCACUUGUCAAGGAGAUAACGUUUGAUGCUCAGGAGUGCAGACUUAGAAGGGAGGAAGAUGAACAGCAUCAUUGUUAAUUCUUUAAUACGUAAAACUACUUAGCCAGCCACAGUUAGAUCAAAGCCUCCCUUGAAAAGAUUGUGGUUUCAGGAUAGAGGAUCCUGGAAGUGGUUUGGAUGGCUACAUUAUAGCUGGGAGCCCUGGGAUGAAAAAAAAUAGAGUGUGAAAUUGUCUCUAGGUUCAAAUAGCCUUUGUUUUCAGUUCUGAACGAAUUUCCUUGUGUAUGUGUGUUACUAUCUUUUAUAUGUACUUUGAGACAUCGAAAAGAAGCUGAAGCUUGUUUGUCUGCAAUGACUAAUUGUCCUAUCAGCAAACAUAUUGAGAGAGUUGGUAGCAAUCACUAAUUUGUUUACAGGGCAAUCCUAGAAGUAACUGGAUUCAAUGAGACUUACUUUCAGGUAAGUGUAUGUAGACUUGCUGCUACAUAUACUUACAAACUGUGUAUAAGCCACCGCAGUGCCAAGAAUAGGCCUCCAGGAUGGUUUAUAAUGUAAGCAAAAUAAUCGAUAAAGAAUAAUACAGAUAGUAGUAUCAGCUGCAUAUCAGUUCACCAAAAGUUUGGAUAAAUAGGAAAGUUUUUAAUUGGCAUCUAAAAGAUAACAGUGUAGAAGACUGACAAAUCCAUAUUUGUAUUUCUAUACAAGUGUUAUAUGUAUAAGGGUUGUACAAACAAUGCAAAAUGUGGCAGUAUUAAAAUGCACCUGUUCAGAAGAAUAUUCUAUUCUCACAAUAGUCAGCAUUCUGUGCCCACUGAGCAUGUUCAGUCCUCAUUUGGAUGUUUUGGGGAUUCCCUCCAAUUAGUUUUUUUUUUUAAUGAAAAGCUUUUAUUUUUUGUACAUUUACGAACUUUGUGUUCCCCCAGAACAUGCUGGCAUCUUCCUCUUGUGCAUGGAUUGUGCUGUUUUGACUAAAUAAGGAUCAGCCUUUGACUAGAUCACUGUUAUGGAUAUGAUAUUUGCAAUGUAUUGGGAAAACAGAGGCACCCUGUUCCAUUGAGUCUCUCUUGUGCUGCAUCUGAAUAAGAUGGAUUCACACAGCAUGCUCACUCACUGUAAGGCCAUCUUUCUGUGGCAAAGAGCCAUUUGAAACCUGGCUUUUGGAUGGGUUUGUCAGGUCUUAUUUUACUGAUAGUUACUGCAAUCCUGGCUUGACAUAGCAUGAAUUGUCUGGGGAAGGAAAUGCUAUAAAGGAAUAUUGCACUAGUACAAUUGCUGGUUUAAUAUUCUCUUUGCCUUUGCAUGCAUAUUUGUGUGCUUGUAUUUCACAUUGUUUUAAUGAUUUACUUAAACAGCAGUUUUAUAUUAUUGUUGUUUGAAUAGAGCAAUCUCAGCACCUAAAUAUUCUUUAUAAACAUGUGUGACUCACAGCUGUCAGAUUAAAGGAUUUUGAGGUCUGGGUUUCAAAUGUUUACUGCUUUCUGAAAUUAGACUGCAUGGUUCAGCAAAGUAUAUUCCCUCUUAUAUAGCCAGCUAUUAUUCCACUGAAAAGUCAACCCUUUUACAAGGGACUGGGAUUUAGUAAAGUGCUGUGGCGGUCAAGUGAUAAAAGGUAUGUCACAUAGAAUGUAUGGGUAGCACAUGGUAGUAUCAUUCAUUCCUCAGCUUAUGCUGUAAAAAAACACAUUGGUGGAGAAGACUGAAUGCUUUUUUUCUAUUUAGAGAAUUCCCCAGUGGCACAUUUUACCUGGGUUUUGAGAUGGCUCAUUAAUAACUUUUAGUAAAUGAGAAGAGGCAGUUAAGAAAAGAUGCCAAGAUACUGAAUAGGUUAUUCCUUUGAAACACACCAAAUGUUAAAUGGCUAAUAUAGAAUAAUGUUGCUUUCCCAUUACUUCCAUCAGCUCCUGUUGGCAUGUGGUGGUAGCAGAACAGGGACUGGGAACCUGUGACCCUCCAAAUGUUGUUGCACUAUGAUUAUUAUCAUUCCUGACCUUUGUCAUGCUGGCUGUCAUAGGUUCCCUUCCUCCGAUUAAUUUUUUUUCUCAGUAGUGGCAGCCCAGUUCUGAAGAAUGCAUUGUACACUUUCAAGAGACAGAUGAGAACAGUGUUGUUGUGCAGUGUUUGUCCUUCCAAAGUAGCUGUGGUUUUUAAUAGGUAUUUAUUUUUUGAAUUACUUUUACAGUGGUGCCUCGCAAGACGAAAUUAAUUCGUUCUGCGAGUUUUUUCGUCUUGCGAAUUUUUCGUCUUGCGAAGCACGGUUUCCCAUAGGAAUGCAUUGAAAAUCAAAAAAGACUACCACACCUCAAAAACCUCAAAAAAGGCUACCACACCGCGUGCUAUGAGUUGCUCCUCGAGGUCAAGUCGCAACUGCACUUCUUCAAGCAAUGCACCCUGGGUAUUAACGGUUUUAAGAAAAAGGAAACAAACUUGCAAGACGUUGCCGGUUUGCGAAGCAAGCCCAUAGGGAAAUUCGUCUUGCGAAGCAACUCAAAAAACGAAAAACUCUUUCGUCUUGCGAGUUUUUCGUCUUGCGAGGCAUUCGUCUUGCGAGGUACCACUGUAUUCAUUAAAUGCCUUUGUGACCCACCUUUCUUCCUAAGCAUGAGUACAGCGACCAUAGGUCUACUUUACAGAAGUGAUCCCUCUCAUUGAAGGGAUCCUCUGUUUGAAUGACUGUCUGGUCCACAACCAGUUAAAACAAAACAAAACUGGAAGAAGCAGGGUCAGCCCAGGAUGUUCUGCUGCCUGAUGCAGAAGACAAGAUGGUGAUCCCAUUCCCCAGAAAAAGUCAAUGUGGGCAACGAAAUAGCGUCCUCCACAGAAACUGAGGGAAGCAGGGGAGUUUGGAGAACUGGGUACAAGACAGGCUGCAUGGUCCACAAAUCUCAGUCCUCAAAUAGAGGGGGAUGCUAACCCCUUCCCAACACUUGCUGCCUGAGGUGGUUGCCUCAUUUUGCCUAAUGAUAAGAAGGGAGAGAAGGGGUCUGGAAGUUGCCCAUCAACAGGCUGAGCUGCUAUACAGAUCACUUGUUUACAGCCUUCACAGCUAUGCCCUGUAUUUCUGUUUAAAUUAUAACAGUUAUUUCUAAAUUUGUCUAAAUUAGAAUAUGCUUCCACCCCCUCAAAUCUGUGUCUUCUUUUUGGGUACUGUGUAAGUCUCCACCUCCAAUAUACUCAGGGGAAGGAUACAAUUUAAGAUACAACAAAGACCUCCAGUUUUUGUUCUUCUCCCACUCUUCACUCAAAAAUUACAAGCCCUACUACUUAUGUCUGGAAUGCAUUAUAUGUGCUGGGUUGUACAGAAAAGUAGCUCUGUUGCUAAGGAAUCACAGCAGCCACAAUACAGCAAUGUGUUACAGCAUGAAAAGGGCUGGUUUCUAUGGAUUCUGGCAAACAGCAUGUAGUGGGAAUUCCCUUUGGAUACACAUUACAUUAAUCUUUCCAUCUCACAUCAGAAUUGUAGUAAAUUAAUUUAUGUUCCAAUAUCGCGGCUUGGCUGUGGAGCACUCUGAACAGUUGUAAACACAAAUGAAACAAAUGGGUCUCCUGUGAGCUUUAGUUGCCAUUUUUUCCUGUUGUCUCAGCAAAGCAAUUGUGGAACACUCAAAUUAUUUUCAAAUUUCCUUACGAAUGUGCUGUUCGGGAUUCUAGACGCUUGGCCUUCUUCUUUCCUCACACAGCUGCACCAAAGAAAGAGGCACAUGUUUUUCACUGUACGCCUCUAAGUGGCAAGCGUAUGGCUGGCAUUUGUUAACACAGGAAGAAAAGCAGACCUAAUGUAGUCUGUGGCAAUACUAACCAAGACAGGGAGUGUACAGCAUGGGUUAUAAGAGCACCUUUUGUACUUGUUCUCUUUGUUUGUGGCUCUUAACAUUUGUGUUACAGACUGGUCUCCACAGUAGUCUCUGUGAUGUGGAGGUUGUACUCACAGUAGACUUGCAGUAUUGGAAACGAGACAGCAGCUGCAGGUGACAGAGGUGGCGAGCAUUUUAAUUUCCCACAAUGUGCUAAUAUAGCUUCACUCCACGACAUUACGGGAAAUAUAAAUGGUAGCUCCCCAGAACUAGCCAGGAUGCUAAUGACAGGGUUUGGGUAACACCAGUCCUAAGUAUGGUAUUUGCUGUUACCGGCAUUCCAACACCUCCUCCUCCCAGUCUGCUCCCUCUGACUACUCAUCAUUGUCCCACCACCAAUCCCCUGGCUCUGAGCCUUCUUCCCCUGAGGGUUGCCCCCUACCACUCUCCUGCAUCCAGCUAGUCCAUGACAUAGCCUCAGGGUGAGUUAUCAUCAUCAUUGUUACAAUUAGUGUUUGGCAAAGUAGAUAAAUCCUCUGUUUACUUGAUCCAAGGACAUUUCUGCCCACAUAAUGAAAAGAGAACUAACAUGGAAGUAAGCCCCACUGUUUUCAGUGGACCCUACCAGUCCAAACCUAUACAGUAUGUGUUUAUUCAGAAGUAAGUACCACUGAGCUUACUUUUAGAUAACUAGGUAUAGGGUUGUAGCCACAUUCCCAGGAAC